ACUACGUCUAGGCUCGUCUUCUUCGCCCUUAUAAAAUUUCUGGUAUGGGUCUCACGAUUCUUCUCUCCAUAUCUUCAGCAUUUAUGUAUGUAUCUGAUCCAUAAUCUCUGGAUAACGACAAAGCAGAACCCAUGUGACUCCAGAUCGCAUUUUACAUCUCGUCUUCUUCCUCUGAUACACACGACAUCGCACUCAGCUUCUGUAAUUGCUUGUGUAUGACGAAUUGAAGAUCCUGAGACUUUUGUAUUUACUUUGAUUUCGAUCUAAUGUUACUAAUUCGUUUGAGAGUUUGAUGCUGACUUGUAAAAGAUCACAUUUUUACUUUUUUUUUUUCUUCGCUUUUGCUUUGGGAGUAGUAAGAUUGAUAGCUAAGUAAAGGAAGAAGAAGAAAAACAAAAAAGUCGAAGAUUUUCUGGUUUGAUUUUUCUUUUUCGAGAGGAAUAACGUAAGCGAGCAAAAAGGUCCCAUUUACUGUCGGGAAGCAAGCAUAAUUUCGGUGGUUUCGCAACGAGGAAGAAGACGAAGAAUGGCGAUGGUAGCUGAGCCUCCAAAUGGGAUUAGACAAGAAGGGAAACAUUAUUACACGAUCUGGCAAACCAUAUUCGAGAUCGACACCAAGUAUGUUCCGAUUAAGCCAAUUGGCAGAGGAGCUUAUGGUGUGGUCUGUUCUUCAAUCAACAGAGAGACCAAUGAGAGAGUUGCCAUCAAGAAGAUCCACAAUGUCUUCGAGAAUCGCAUCGAUGCCUUGAGAACAUUGAGAGAGCUUAGGCUUCUCAGGCAUGUGAGACACGAGAACGUCAUCGCCCUUAAAGAUGUGAUGUUGCCUCCUCAUAGGAACAGCUUCAAAGAGGUUUAUCUCGUCUAUGAGCUUAUGGAUUCUGAUUUGAAUCAGAUCAUCAAAUCCUCUCAGUCUCUUUCCGAUGAUCACUGCAAGUACUUCUUGUUUCAGUUGCUAAGAGGAUUGAAGUAUCUUCACUCAGCAAAUAUCCUUCACCGCGAUUUGAAGCCAGGGAAUCUCCUGGUGAAUGCUAAUUGUGAUCUAAAGAUUUGUGAUUUCGGGCUUGCGAGAACCAGCAGAGGCAAUGAACAGUUUAUGACAGAGUAUGUGGUCACACGUUGGUAUCGAGCACCAGAGCUUCUUCUCUGUUGUGACAACUACGGAACAUCCAUUGAUGUUUGGUCGGUAGGAUGCAUAUUCGCAGAGAUUCUUGGAAGAAAACCGAUUUUCCCGGGAACGGAAUGUCUCAACCAGCUAAAGCUAAUCAUAAAUGUUGUUGGUAGCCAACAAGAAUCGGAUCUUCGGUUCAUUGAUAACCGGAAAGCUCAGAGGUUUAUAAAGUCUCUUCCUUUCUCAAAGGGUGUUCACUUUUCUCAGAUUUACCCUCAAGCAAAUCCUCUGGCUAUAGAUUUGUUGAAGAAGAUGCUUGUGUUUGAUCCAACCAAGAGAAUCUCGGUUAGCGAUGCGCUUUCACAUCCGUACAUGGCCGGGUUGUUGGAACCGGGAUGUAAUCAGCCGGAAAAUGUUCCGGUUUGUCUUGAUAUAGAUGAGAACAUGGAAGAAGGUGUGAUUAGGGAGAUGAUGUGGGAAGAGAUGCUUUAUUACCUUCCUCAAGCUUAAUUCAAUACUUUGUUAGAGAAUGAAAAAUAUCAAGGAAAAUCAUCUCUAACAGUUGUAUAUAUUUAGUUGUUGAAAUUUUCAGUUUCUUUCCAUUUUAGGAAAUUUCUGAGUUCAUGUCACGGCUCUCAAACGACGUGUGUUUGUGAGAGGCUUCUGAUUAUAUCUCUUUACAGCAUCU